AUGGCCGGGAAACAUAAGCUAAUUUUCACUGGAUUACUGAUUUUCAUUUCAGUGCAGUGGACUUUGUCUUCUUCAGACGACGAGCUCUAUGCCAGCUACUGGAACAACAAAGGGAGGCAGGCUCUUCACACUGCCCUGAAUGUUCAGCCCAAUAUCCGCCAAGCUAAGAACCUCAUCCUCUUCCUGGGAGAUGGUAUGGGGGUACCGACAGUGACCGCUGCCCGUAUCCUCAAAGGCCAGAUGGCAGGAAAAACUGGAGAGGAGACCAGUCUGGUUAUGGAUACCUUCCCUCACCUGGCACUGUCUAAGACAUAUAACGUGGACCAGCAGAUGCCAGACAGCGCUGGCACAGCCACGGCAUACUUAUGUGGAGUAAAGGCCAAUUACGGCACCUUGGGUGUCACUGCUGCCACCCAAAGGUACAACUGUAGUGCUACCCGCGGUAACGAAGUCAGUUCUGUUCUGCAUCGUGCCAAGGAAGCAGGAAAAUCGGUGGGAAUUGUCACCACCACCCGAGUGCAGCACGCCUCUCCUGGUGCGAACUACGCUCACGUUGCUGACAGAGGCUGGUAUGCUGACUCUGACCUCACCCCUGAUGCUCUCCGACAUGGCUGCAAUGAUAUUGCAUAUCAGCUGGUUCAUAACACAGAGAUAGAUGUCAUUCUUGGUGGAGGUCGUAGGUACAUGUUUCCCACAACCACGCCGGACCCAGAGUAUCAAAACCAUACAGGAUCCCGAAAUGAUGGAAGGGAUCUCGUUAAAGAGUGGAUGAAGAAUAAAAAGAAUGCUAAAUAUGUUUGGAACAAAGCUGAGUUAAAUGCUGUCAAUCCUGCAAAUACAGACUUCCUGAUGGGUCUCUUUGAGCCCAAGGACUGUCGCUACGAGUUGGACCGCGAUACGACCAUGGACCCAUCCCUCACUGAGAUGAUGGAGAAAGCAAUCAAGAUUCUCAGCAAGAACCCUAAGGGAUUUUUCCUCUUUGUGGAAGAUAAGGGGAGAAUUGACCAUGGUCACCAUUCAGGGUUGGCCAAAAAAGCUCUCUACGAGGCUGUUGAGUUUGACCGGGCGAUCGGGAGAGCAGCUGAACUCACCAGUGAGCUCGACACCCUGACUGUGGUCACUGCAGAUCACUCCCAUGUCUUUGCCUUUGGAGGAUAUUCUGGCAGAGGAAACUCCGUUUUCGGGGUGUCUCGCUCAAUAGCUAAUGACAAGAAGCACUUUACCACCGCUGUGUACGGAAACGGACCAGGAUACCAGAUUGUCAAUGGUAAUCGCCCGGAUAUGAAUGAGACAAUUUCAUCGAAUAAGGAUUACCAUCAGCAGGCAGCUGUCCCUCUUGAUUCAGAGACCCAUGGCAUAGAGGACGUAGCCAUCUUUGCCAAAGGUCCCAUGUCACACCUCUAUCACGGGGUCCAGGAGCAGAGCUACAUUGCCCACGUCAUGGCUUACGCUGCCUGUUUGGAGCCCUACGAGAACUGUGAACUCCCCCCAGCCAGCCAUGCUGGAUCCAUCCACCCCAGCCUGCUGCUCCUCCUGAUGGGCCUCCUUCUUCUCUCUUUCUGCUCUGUCUAAGUCUUGGAUGACAGCCGUCAGAGAGUUUGUCCUUGGAAUAACUGUGCUAUCUGACAUUUUGGUUUAAAAAUAAAUAUUCUUAUGUGCAAAUUCUGUGUGUCUUUAAGAGCUGUAUAGUUGCAAAACUUCAAAAUCACUGCCAUUUUGGGUAAAUUGUACUUGUUCAGAUAACCUUGUGAAAGAUUACUGUUAUU